CGGACAAAACUCUAGGCGGGAACCCACAACGUGACGCGGGGAGCGCGAUCCGUGGCGGCUCCGUCCAGGUGCUUCCGGCUCCCACCGGACGGAGGCGCGCUCGGCCCCGACCUCACUCUUCCACGGAAGUGUGUUUAGGCGCACCGGAAGCCACCUCAGGGGUGAGCCAUGGCGGGUUUGCCUGUUAGAGACCCUGCGGUGGAUCGUUCUCUGCGUUCUGUAUUCGUGGGAAACAUUCCUUACGAAGCUACCGAAGAACAACUGAAGGACAUCUUCUCUGAGGUUGGGCCUGUUGUUAGUUUCAGAUUGGUAUAUGAUAGGGAGACAGGAAAACCAAAGGGUUAUGGCUUCUGUGAAUACCAAGACCAAGAAACAGCACUUAGUGCCAUGCGGAACUUGAACGGGCGUGAAUUCAGUGGACGAGCACUUCGAGUGGAUAAUGCUGCCAGUGAAAAGAACAAAGAAGAACUGAAAAGCCUUGGAACUGGUGCACCUGUCAUUGAGUCACCUUAUGGAGAGACCAUCAGUCCUGAGGAUGCCCCUGAAUCUAUUAGCAAAGCAGUUGCCAGUCUUCCACCAGAACAGAUGUUUGAGCUGAUGAAACAAAUGAAGCUCUGUGUCCAGAAUAGUCCCCAAGAAGCACGAAACAUGUUGCUUCAGAAUCCACAACUGGCUUAUGCUUUGCUACAGGCACAGGUAGUGAUGAGAAUUGUGGAUCCUGAGAUUGCCCUGAAAAUUCUGCAUCGCCAGACAAAUAUCCCAACGCUGAUUUCAGGCAACCCUCAGCCAGUUCAUGUUCCUGGGCCUGGCUCAGGACCCAAUGUGUCAAUGAACCAGCAGAAUCCUCAGGCCCCUCAGGCUCAAUCUUUGGGUGGAAUGCAUGUCAAUGGCGCGCCUCUGAUGCAAGCUUCUAUGCCAGGUGGAGUUCCAGCCCAAGUACAAAUGACAGCAGCCGUAGCAGGACCUGGCCCUGGUUCCUUAGCACCUGCAGGAGUCAUGCAAGCCCAAGUUGGAAUGCAAGGAGGUGGACCAGUGCCCAUGGAACGAGGACAAGGAACCCUACAGCACUCGCCCGUGGGACCUGCUGGGCCUGCAUCAAUUGAGCGAGUUCAAGUGCCGAUGCAAGACCCCAGAGCAGCUAUGCAGCGGGGAGCCUUGCCUGCCAACGUCCCAACUCCUCGUGGUCUGUUAGGAGAUGCCCCUAAUGACCCGCGAGGAGGCACUUUAAUGACUGUAACUGGAGAGGUAGAGCCUAGAGCUUACUUGGGACCGCCACCACCACCUCAUCAGGGCCCACCCAUGCACCAUGUUCCUGGCCAUGAAGGCCGUGGACCACCUCCACAUGACAUGAGGGGAGGUCCAUUAGCUGAGCCCAGACCUUUAAUGGCAGAGCCAAGAGGACCCAUGCUAGAUCAGAGGGGUCCACCUAUGGAUGCUAGAGGUGGAAGAGAUCCCCGAGGAUUAGAUGCACGAGGGAUGGAGGCCAGAGCCAUGGAGGCCAGAGGAUUGGAUGCCAGAGGACUGGAGGCCCGUGCCAUGGAAGCUCGUGCCAUGGAGGCCCGUGCUAUGGAGGCCCGUGCCAUGGAGGCCCGUGCUAUGGAGGCUCGUGCCAUGGAGGCCAGAGGCAUGGAUACCAGAGGCCCAGUACCUGGACCUAGAGGACCUCUGCCUAGUGGAAUCCAAGGUCCCAAUCCAAUGAACAUGGGGGCCGUCGUUCCCCAGGGAUCAAGACAGGUCCCAGUCAUGCAAGGAGCAGGUAUGCAAGGAGCGAGCAUGCAAGGUGGAAGUCAGCCUGGUGGCUUUAGUCCUGGACAGAGCCAAGUCACACCCCAGGAUCAUGAGAAGGCUGCUUUGAUUAUGCAGGUCCUUCAACUGACUGCAGACCAGAUUGCCAUGCUGCCUCCUGAGCAAAGGCAGAGUAUCCUAAUCUUAAAGGAACAGAUACAGAAAUCUACUGGGGCACCUUGAAAGGUUCUCAAAAAUACCUGGCAACAUAUCUGGAAAUACAGUUCCGUAACAUUGUUGAAAUCUUGAAAACUGGUGACUUCUGCAUCCUAACCCCCCAUGACUCAAAUUGGUGCCAGGUGGAGGACUCAAAUCACCAUUUCUCCAAACAAAAGCAGUUCAUUCUGUUGUCUUAGUUUGUAUAUUUUCUGUGAUAGUAAAUAAACUUUGAACACAUUUUAACAUACUGCAAAUUGAUAUACAUAACCAAUCCUUUUGCUUUUAAGAAGCUAAACACCAAGGUAAAAGCUUAGAGAUAUUUUCUACCCUUAGCAGCCUUGUCCUUUAAUCUUAUAUUGCCAUAGCUCUAUUCUUUCUUUAGCAUAAACGUUUAUUCUUCUUAAUGAUACUUGAGUAUUUUUUGGAAGCAAUGUUUAAAGGAGCUUUGUAUUUUGUUGAGUUUGCAUUUGGCAAGGUAGUAAGAUUUGUCCUUUGAAAACUUUAUAAAAUCUCUGAGUUUUCUGGGACAGAAAUCAAGUGUUUAAAACUAUCAAAUGGCCAGAUGGCCAACAAGCAAAGAGCAUAUCACAGUAAUGUUUGGUUUAAGAAAAUCCAGUUAUCCAGUGUCGUUUGGUCAGUAGCAGGUCUGAACAUACUUAGUUCAGAGUUAAGGCAAAGAUUGUUUUGGCACUGGUAUGAGUGUAUGUGUGUCAAUAACCUGAGAGACUGUUGUAAAGCUCUUCUGUCUAGAUAGCCAACUUUACAAGUUUACAAAGCCACUAGUUUUCCACAUGUUCAAAUUUAAUAAGGAAAAUCAAGUGAACAAAAUAUAUUUUAUCCCUCUUUCAGAAAAUGGCAAAGCUUUCAGCUCUUUCCUUUAGAUUCAUUCCAAGAACUUAAUACAGAAAACCCUAAAACUGUACAGUUUCAAGUCUUUUAAAAGGACCAAGUAUACAGCACACGAAGGCAGAUUGUCUGAUGUGGUUGCCUGCUUUUUUUCCAAGUACUACCUACUUGGAAGGUAAUUAGUGCCAUUGGCCUGUGCUAACCUGCAAGUCAUCUUGCCCUUUGUUCUCCACAUGAUGGCAUUAUAAGGAACAGCAUGGUUUCUUCCCAGCAGGGAAAACUAAAGACAUCUGAAGAGAUGCCUUAAUAACUAGUAAAGUUUACUAGAACUAAUUGUAAGAUCAUUUAUAUUCUCAGAACCCUACCCUCUGUGUUAGGAUUAUGGGCAGGUGAAUUAAAAUCAUUACUUAGGCAUACAAAGCAUAAUAACAUUGCUUACAUGCCAAACAAAAUAAUGCCAAGAUAUUAAAAUUGAGGGAUUUUUCUCUAUAUUUACAGUGAAAAUUUGCUGGAUGUCAUACAAUAAUCAAGAAAAGUGCAAAACAGCAAGCACUCUCUGCCUAAUCCACUUAAUCCCAAGUUCAACUAGGAUGUUAAUUAUGCAUACAGUUCAUUGUUUUCAUUACCUUCUUGCCUCCUGCAUAAAUAAUCAGUCAGUGAUGUGAUGAUUUUAGCAGCUGGCAUGACUUAAAAGUGCCAAUAUAUUUAGACACAGAGACCAUAAGGAAAGUAUUUCUAGUUAGGAACUUGGAUUUUCCACAACCAAUUCUCAAUCAAGAUUACUGAGGCUAAAGUUAUUUGGUAAGCAGUUGUCUAAUAGAAACCAUAUCCUGGAAAUCCUGUGUACAUUUUCCCAAAGCCUCAUUAAACUUAAUGUUGGUUAGCAGACACUCAGGUGAAUAAAUGACAAGAGCAGUGGCAUCCCAAUUCAUCCCCAUGGAAGUACUCAUCAGUGUUUUUACUGGUGUAAUAGUACCGUUAGCUACCCGCAAGUUCACGACCUGUCUUUAUUAUGUUCAGACUAGUGAGUGAAAAAUGAUCCUGCUAAUCCUAUAAUCAAGCUAUAGGUUCCAAGAUAAUUGGAAAGGUAAAUUUGUUUGCUCUUAAUCAAGAAAAUAGGUGGACUAGAUUCAAUCUGCUAAGUGUAUUGAGUUUAGCAGUCUGAGCACAAUGGAGUGUGGGAUUUUCUCCCUCUGAGGAGCCUGGGGCUUCUUUUUUGUGAGUCACUCCAGAGCCAGUGUGGUUAUUGUCCUGGUUAAUAGGAAAAAGAAUGACAUUUAGUGAAUGAUCCCUCAGGAAGACCUGGAGAAUAGUCAAAAUUAUAAAUUCUUUAUUGUCUUUUUAUACUGGACAUUCAUAAAUGAAACUCUUUAACAAAAAUGGUGGAGAGCUUGCUGUUGAAUUAAUUUAUCCCAUGGUGUAGGCCGGGCCUUCCCAGUCUUUUCAAACAAUACAAAAUGGCAAUGUAGUUGGCUUCUAAUUAUAAUGCAAAUUUGAUUACAGUUAAUAUACUUCAGAUGGAAAGCCUAGAGAAAGUAAGCAGAAUUGUUCAAUAAGCAACAAUGAAAAACUUUCAAUUGUUUGACAAAACAAAGUGUAAACUGUGGUCACACUGGAUAAGAUUGUGUUUAACAAUGUACCUAGUGAGUAUGGUAAGGGAGUGGGAAUCUUGGUAACUUUAUGUCUAUUAUUUAUGAUUAUUGUUUUGUCAUGAAUUCAAUAAAUAUUUGAAAAGUCA